UCCGCAUGAUCGUUUCUUUAUUUCUCAUCCUCCAUCUUUCGUCGUCAAGGAUUUUUAUUUAUUCAAAUGGUGUACAGUGGUCAUGUGGGUUGUAGAGUCAGCUUUUGAAGGGAGCAAAGAGCCUUACAAGAAAUUAGUCAAGCCGGGCACACAAUAUGACGUUGGCAGAAAACCUCCAGCAAAGUUGAUCCUAACCGAUAAGACUGUCAGUCGAGAUUCCGGUUCGAUUGAAGUGGAUAAAUGGUCACAAUCACAAUCCAGUUUAACUGAUGUGAAUUAUUCGGCAGAUUGGCCAAAGAUUCGCUUAAAUGCAGGGAAGAAAUUAGUAAGAGUCAUUUCAAGAGAUGAUGAAGAAAGAUGGAAAGAAAAUCCAGAGAGCUUUAUUGGCGAAGAAGUUGAACCGAACAAACAACGUGAACUUGAAGAUGGUGAUCUUGUCAUCUUUACAAAAAGUUCUCCGCCCAUUCGAAUCGUUUGGGAACCGCUGUUGUUUUGGGUAGCGCCUGAUGUUCUUUCUUUGGAUGAUCUUCGCUCGAAGCAAAAGUCUUUGGCUCCCUUUGGUAUCCCGAUUGUCGAAUCACCCAAUAUCGUUCAAGGAGCCAGUCAUUUGGUAACAAAGUCUGCAUCUCCUACCGUGCAACUCUUGGAGGCUUUAGUAGCGGAGUCGUAUGUUGUUACAGAUGAUUAUAUCGAUGAAGUCAUUCAACAGUCGGAUACACUCGAGCUCGAACUCUCACUGCCAAGUUAUGAAGAUUACUUUCCGCCAGACGACAAUGUAGACGAUAUCACCUACGAAGAGAUCAAAUCGAAAAGUAAGCCUGAUGGACGACGCAAACUUCUGCUCAAGGGUAUGACGAUCCUGUUUGCUAGCGCUGAUGACGAUGUCCGCCGCACAUUCAAGAACAGCUCUCAUGCUUUUCAAGCAGCCGGUGCUCAUAUCGAGGUCUGUUCUACCUCUUCAUUAUCCCGAUUUACCAGUAAAGAGGAAGUUGAACAAUACCUUGAAACCAAACAAGAAGAAGCACAAGAUAGAUCACAAAGCUCUACACAACGCAAUGCAUCAUCUUCAUCGCAAAAGUCUACGUUGGUCAUCAUCACCUCAACAACAGAUACUGAAACUCCUUGGUAUAAAUGGUUCGCAUCUGUAUCACGCAGAUUGAGUGUGUAUAUGCCAGAGAGUGGCCUUAAAGCGCUGCAAGAUACGGUUCUUCUGAUCGCACCCUCGCGAUUCUUGACAAAGCUCGCAUCUGAAGAAUUUGAAGAAGAGGAAGUUGAAGAACCCGCACAAGAAGGUGAGGACGUGCAAAGCAGCACCAACAAUGCUGAAGAGGAAGUGGUGGGGAAUGAACAAAGGAAUCAAAGCAUGGAGCAAUCCGGGUCCGUACCGCCGACAGAGCAAGUAGAGCAGCGUGCGCAUUCACCCGCACCACCAACUACCGCUCAAAAUCAAUUCGUCGUUCCACCAACACCUUCAAGACGGCCAAAACGUAGAGCAGGUUUGGAAAAAGUGAAUCCGUUUGAUGAUUUGUUUGGUUCUCUGUCCACUCCAGCUACCAAAGAGGUAUCUUCAAAUUUGCCUGUAGAAUCACAAUCGUCAAUUCCACCCACACAACAACAGCAGCAUUUAUCCUCCCAGCCAGCAUCUUCUAAGCCAAGGAGGAACGUGACGCGAAAUAAGGAACAAGCAAGAAGAUCAGAGAUUUGGCAGAGUAUAUUUGAGGAUUCAGGGAAUGACGCAAUGACGAACGCAAAUCCUACUUCUUCAUUGUUGAGUGGCACUGGACAGACGCAAGAACGUUAUACCAGACGAUUUAGACAGCAAUUAGAAGACGAAGAACGUCAAGCAACUCAGCGAAGUCAAGCCCGUACGCAAGCACAAACUCAAGAUCCUGAUACGACUGUUGUACCUCGUUCCAACAAGCGUGUAGCCGAAGAAGAAGCUCAGGAUGAACGAGAUAUGAUCAACACGCAGCAGAAUGAAGCUAUUGGAAACGGCAGCAUAAAUGCUUCUGCACAAUCAAUUGGCCCAACACAGCAACGUACACAGCAAGGAGUGGAAUACAUUGCCGAAAGACCUUCGAAUACGGCAACAGAAGUGUCUAAAGAUGAUCGCUUCUUGCAAUCUUUGAUGACUUUGAAAAAGAGCAAGAAGAACAUAGAUGCGUUUGACAAAGAAUUUGAUCGAUUACGAAUCGCAAAACCGAUUCAAUCUCAAGCUGGUUCUUCCAAGAAUAAGGAAACCACGAUGCUAGUCCGUGAUGAUGAAUUGGAAGAUCCAGAUUUUGUGGCAUGGCAAAAGAUGUCCAUUGACGAUUUCAAUAUUGGUGCGGCCGGAAACUUUGUUCAGGUUGAUUUUGUGCCACUCGUCCGUACCGAAAGAAGCAAUCGUUCUGUUACCGUAGGUGAUACUUCUACUGCUUCCUCCGAAGGGGCAUCCUCUGCUUGGCAAGGGAGACCGAACUUCAAGAAAUUUCGUUCCAAAGACCGUGCUACCAGGAAGCCCAUUGCGAUGGAUCUGGUGCAGCCGCAUGAUUAUGGUACAGGACCACGCUAUGCUACCCAAAGUCAUAUUUCUAGCAAUGGUAUGCGUAGCCAGAGAGAAACGAACGGCAUCACCUCACAAAAGAGAAGUAUCUUCUCUGUUGCGAAUGGUGAUGAUGACGAUGAAGAAGAGGAAGAAGAACAAUGGCCAGCUUCAAAGCAGACGCAGAGCAGCGCUAAAAGAUCCACACAGUCUAGACUGACGCAACGUCAACCAAGGGAAAUGGACUCUGAAGACGAUGAUGAUGAAGUAGGACCAACACCCAAGAAGAAGCCUGUGAUCGAUCUUCAUUUGGAUAUCGAUGACAGUCGUGAUAUGAACAAUGAUGAUCAAAUGUUAUGGGAUGACGAGGUAAAUGAGCCCAGUCAUAAAUCGAGCGGCCGACAAUCACGAUCCAAAGAAUCGUCUCGAAAUCGUGAGAGCAGUACGGUGUAUGCCGACUCAUCGCCAUCGCAAAUGAAGGGGAGAAAUGCAGCAAAGGCAAAGGGCACAACACGGGUAUCACCCGCCAAACGAGCUCAUUCGAGCAAGGUAAUUGAUGAGGAGGAGGAUGAAGAUGACGAUGAAGACGAAGGAUUUACCUUCCGAGGCUUUAAACGCACUCGAGCUUGAUGAUUCAGCAAACAGAUAUUUUCUUUUAGCAAGUAGCAAUGUAUAAUUACAAAGAAAAGACAUCCAAUUGUACAGUAGUGUAGAUAUGAAAUGAUUACCAUCCAG